GGACAGAAAGGUUCUACCGAACCGCAGCCGACCAAAGUUGACUUGGCUUGUUCUUGUCUCUCUCUCUCUAUCUUUCUACCUUUAUUGCGUCCAUUCUUUUGCAAGACGAUCUUAAACCUCUUAUUCUGUGUUUAGAGUUAGAGAUGUUGCGUUUGUUCAAGAGGAAGAAGAAGAAGAAGAAGAAAGAAGAAGAGAUUCAUUUCCAGAAGAAUGGGAGCUUGUUGUUGGAGGAACUCGUUGCAUCUUCAGGAGGUACAUACAACCCCAUCUUUACAUUUUCUUCCCACCAAAUCCUUCAAGCCACAAACAACUUCGACUGGAACUACAUAAUCUCCGAAGACAGGUUCGUAUGGUACAGAGGCACGAUCCAAAACAGACCCGUGCUGAUCAAGAAAUACCAAGACUGUUCCCUUUUCGACGCUGACAACUUCUACCGUGACAUCACCGUUUCAUCUUUGAUGAGUAGCCAUAAGAACGUUCUCAAGAUCUUAGGCUGCUGUCUAGAGUUUCAACACCCCGUUCUCGUGUGUGAAUACCCGGAGAACGGAGCUUUAAACUGUAUAAAACGUGCCAGGGAUGGAGCCACAAGACCGUUUCCUUGGAACGCAAGGUUGAGGAUUGCUAAGGAGAUAGCAGAAGCUGUGACCUAUCUUCAUACCGAGUUCCCAAGAACUAUAAUACAUAGAGAUUUAAAGCUUGCAAAUAUCUUCUUGGAUGAGAGUUUGACUGCUAAGCUCUCUUCUUUCAGUCUCAGUGUACUGAUCCCAGAAGGAGAAUCGAGUGUAAACGACAUGGUUUGCAGGACAUCAAGCUAUAUCGAGCCGGAGUAUCUCAAUACAGGUUUGGUUACCGAGAAUGUAGAUAUCUAUAGCCUUGGGAUCAUCAUGCUAAUCCUUUUGACAGGAAAGUCUGAAUAUACUUCGGAAGUUGCUGUUUAUCUUCCUGUAUUGCCUGUCUAUGUUGGUAAGUUGCUGGGCAAAGGUCUGUUGACUAAAAUGAUAGACCCGUCGCUGUUGGAAAGCGUGAGUGGCAACAUCUCUGACCAUGUAAGAAUGCAAAUGGAAGCAUUCAUUGAGCUUGCUUUUAGAUGUGUAAGAUUUGGACCAGGAGAAGAUGAGCUUCACAUGAUAGACGUUGCUAAAGAACUCAAGAAGAUAGAGAAGCAUGCCUGACAUCACUUAGAUAUCCUCUGUUUUCAAACUGUGAAGCCAAGUUCAAAACUCAUUUCCUUUGGGAUCUAAUUAUGGAACUCAGACUCCAAUGGAGGUUCAGAUGCACAUAUGACUUUUUGGAAGAUCUUCUGGUUUUUGUUGUUGUUGUGUAUAUGCUUGUAUUAUAAUACUUUUUGGAAGAUCUUCUGGUUUUUGUUGGUGUAUUAUAUAAUACUUGAGAGAUAUAUCUUCUCUCAAUGGUAUCACAACUUGUUUUGGAUU